AUGAGUUCGGCCGGUUCUUCUUCGGCCAAGCGUCAAGCAGCGGACUCGCCUGGAGGUCACGACGAGAAGCGUGUCAGAACCGAGGACAACGACAAAUCCGAAACUACCGACGAUGUGGCUCCAAUGGACACCUCCAAUGCUACCUCGCAGCAGCAGCAGCAGCAGCAGCCAGGCAGCCCCCCCUUCAAUGUGAAAUGGACGGCACCCGACCUUUCCAACCACUUGCUCAAGGAACUCUUCAACUACAGAGUGUUCAUUGCUGACGAGCCUGGCGAUGAUAACAACUACAAAGACGACAAAGCGACAACCAGACGAGUAUUUGCGAGAGAGCUCGGGAACGUUGCUCGUGCCCCAGUGGCGACAAUUGCCGAACGAGUGAAAGCUCGCAAACGUACGUUGACUGACCAGAUCAAUGCCAAUAAUGGCAAGGACGGCAAGGUCGACGAUCUUGAAACCACGCGGACGAGCUUGUUCCUUUCUUGGGUCCAGCAGUGGUCCAUGGACCAAGGCAUGCUGAAAACCACGCCAAGCGCGAUCCGAGAUUCACUCAAAGGUCUGAUCACACUGGAACGAAAGCAGCAAAGCGCGGACGUCGUCGACUACCCCCUGGUUGACCUGAAACUGGCAACCGCUUCUCUCACAGCGCUACUGGAACACCGUCUUCAAAAAAUGAACCAGAGUGGCACGAAUCGACUUGCAUUUCGGUCAUUUCUUGCUUCCACUCUGCCGGGUGCUGGAAAAACGCGGUUAUGUGCCGAGUUUGUGGAUCGCAUUGCCCCCGCCGUUUUCGCCAAGCGCGACAUCGUUCCGUGUUGCUUAUCCGUGACUUUCAACGGCGAUUCGGGCUUCACCAAGAACGACUGGACAAUCACCAUGAAAGCCAAUCCAGAGCACGCUCUGUCGAUUCGCCUUCUGGCUGCGUACUUUCGAAUUCCCGCCAAUUUUUUUCAGCAAAAUUUUGCACAAACUGGCAGCUUCCAGGUCGCUGCUACGCUCCAGUUCAUCCAAGAGUCUGAGUACUCGGCUCGUAGCGGCGGUCGGCAGCCCACGAGUCAAGAUCAACUGCCGUGGCUUGCCAUCGCAAUUGAUGAAAUCAAUAGAUUACUGGUCUCUCUGGAGUCCGACAAGAACUCUGACCUCAGUCCUGCUCAGCAACGACGAUUGUUGCUCAAGAAUACACUUUCUUCACUCAAGGAGGCUGUUCAGUCCCCCCAAAAGCGCCUCUGUGUACUGUACGCUGGAACUUUGCCGCAACACCUCACUGCUGGUCUGACUGAGCCUGCCAUCACCGUUCCAUCCAACGAAGCUGACUCGAGCAACUUGGAUGUCGAUACUGUUCCCAUGCAACCGUUUGACGGUGCACACAUUGCUCAGUUCGCUGACGCCGUUGUAGCGGCCCAGCAGGAUCAACAGCCGGGUUCAGUUCAUCUAACUUGGCGCCUGAUGCCGGCGCUCGUGAGCAAACUUUGCGCUUCUGGUGGUCUGCCACGCCACAUUGAGCAUGUCCUUGGAGUCAGGGGAAAUGGUGCGAUUGCGAGACUUCGACCCAGCUGCCGCACAUUGAUUGAGCUUGUGCAUUACUGUGCAAUUGAUGCUUCUGCUGUCGACCGUUUGAAUCUGACGUCCCAACUUCUCGCUUGGAUUGGCACUGGGUCUGCUUUCGUCGCGUGGGGAGAGGACAACAAAGGGUCUUUGCAGUUCAACUUGCACGGGGAGAUGGACCUUGAUCAGAUUCAGGGCGAGGUCCAUCCAGUUUGUCGUCAUCUUGCGACAACCUUGGUGUCUUUCCUUAACAACAUCAAGCAAGACAUGGGCAAUCCGCCUGCGGACUCUGUUUUGUGGGAGCGGCUAUUGGUCCACCUUUUUAACGUGCGCGUGACCGCGUGUCUCGCCAAAGCAUUGUUGCCAAUGCCAGAUGCCGCAACAGAAACAAUUUCUGUGCCGGUGUUCAUUGAUGUGCCGCUGAGUCGGGUGCUACCGGGCGUCACCUUUGGCGAGCAAUGCGCCGAAGUUCAACUUCGAUUGUCGCCGACAUCAUGGACCGAGCAGUCUUGCAUGACAUUGCCUUUAUCUUCGACCGAACCAGGCAUUGACAGCUUUGUGCAUGUUGACGUUGUUCAGCAAGCUGGCACGGUCCAUGAGAAAACACGUCGCGCAGUCAUUGGGCUUCAAAUGAAGCUUCAUAUGAAACUUCUGCCCACCAGCCAAGCUACGCUCGAAUCGCUCGAAACUAAGGCCCGCAAGCAACUCGAAGCGGAUUAUAAGUUGGGAGAUGACGUUCUCGUCCUUGUCGGAGUCAUGUCGACUGCUCGAUUUGCAAACGCUAUUCCACCAAAGCAUUCAUGGGUGCUCCAGCGUGCAAACUUGGACACAUUUGCUCAAGGCUUCCAGACGGCUGUGAAGAGCGCCUACUCGUUUGACCCGCAUCUCAGCCCUGCCACGCACAUCGCGAGCAGCCUCUACUCGUGUGAUUCGACUGAAAAUCGUCCAUCGCAGGACGUCUGCAUGGCGUUGGCAUACCUGCUUGUCCAAAGCCGCCACAACAAGCACUUUACACAGCGACAGUUUCGAACUGCACAAGACUUGCGCGACUUCUUCCUUGAACAGAUCGGCCAGUCCAAGACCGUCUCUUGGUCGGAGACCAAAUCUGCACGCCAGCAUGUCCUCUAUGCCAAAGAUGUCCCACCCGUCGAAGUCCUUCGCUGGUACCUUGCCCUACCGGACGAGCAGGCAGCGUCUUCGUCAAGUGUUACACUGUCUGCUUGA